UAACUUAAAGUGUUAUAAAACCCCGGACCCUGCAUUCACUAUAUCCCAGGGGCGGACUGACCAUUUGGAAACUCGGGCAUUGCCCGAGGGCCCGGGGCUUUUUUAAAUUUGGACACAGGGGCCCCAUGAUCCCCUAUUGCCCGGGGGCCCCAUGAGUUGUCAGUCCGCCCCUGUAUCCGCUCUCCCCAUACACCGCAUUCACUAUAUCCGCUCUCCCCGGACCCCGCAUCCACUAUAUCCGCUCUCCCCGGACCCCGCAUUCACUAUA